AUGAUUUCUUCGUUACAUUGGGUGCGAAAAGGAGUUGCUGCUGAACAACCGGAGAAAUAUGAACUUACCGAACAAGAAUAUGAACGCAUAAAUGUAUUGACAGCUGGUGAACUGAAAGAAGCUCGAGAAGAGUUAAAAGAAAUUAAAGAGGAACAAAUGAAUGAUGUCAAAAAGGAAGAAGAUCCUGAGUUGGCAGAAUAUAAUUUGGAGAAUUAUGAUGAUGACGAUGAAGAGAAAAUUGAAGGCAGACCAAUCAAAUUCUUUGGGAGUGUAAAGUCAUUAACAUAUUACGCGUCUAAUGAAGAAGAUCCAUAUCUAACAUUAAAUGACGAGGAAGACGGCUCUGAAGCUGAAGAUUUACGAAUUCUAAAAACCGAUAAUCUCCUAGUAGCAGCAAAAACCGAGGACGAGAUCUCACAACUAGAAAUCUACGUUUACGAAGAAUCCAAUGAUAAUCUUUAUGUGCAUCAUGAUAUCAUGUUACCGUCGUUUCCCCUAUGCUUGGAAUGGCUGGAUUUCAGGCUAGGUAGAAAGUCGGACGUGCCCGGUGGUGGGAAUUACAUUGCCGUUGGCACUUUUGAGCCGGAAAUUGAGAUUUGGGAUCUGGAUACUAUGGAGUCGAUGUAUCCAGAUGCGAUUAUUGGGAAUCGUGAGGUGAAAGGUGGCGGAAAAAAAAAAAGAGAAAAGAAAAUAAAUCCGAAUUAUCAUACAGAUGCUGUCAUGUCACUUGCAUGGAAUAAACAACACAGAAAUAUUCUUGCGAGUUCUUCAGCUGAUACAACUGUAAAACUUUGGGAUCUUCAAAAAUUCAUAUGCGCGCAUUCAUUUAAUCAUCAUUCAGACAAAGUUCAACAAGUUCAAUGGCAUCCCAUUGAAUCAACAAUACUAAUUACAGCUUCAUACGAUAAAACAGUGACAGCAUUCGACAGUCGAUCACCACAAGCCAUCGAAACAUGGAAUAUUUCUUCGGAUCCAGAAUGUAUUCAAUGGAAUCCAUUUUCACCCCAACAAUUUUAUGUGAGCACCGAAGAGGGACUUGUCCUGUGUUUUGACGCGAGAAAUACGGGAAAUGACAAUAACAAGAAUCAUCACCCGCUAUUCACUCUACAUGCACAUGAUUCUUCGGUAUCGGCGUUAGACGUGAAUCCGUUAAUUGAAGGUUGUUUGGUGACUGGAUCGCCGGAUAAGACGGUUAAAGUUUGGGAUGUCAAAAGUUUAAAGCCUAAUAUGGUGACAAGCAGAGAUCUGAGUGUGGGCAAAGUGUUUUCCCUUCAAUUUUGUCCAGAUUCACCUUUUCAAUUGGCGGUUGCCGGAUCAAGUGGAAGUGUUUAUAUAUGGGAUAUAUCCACAAAUGCUGGAGUUCGUCAUGUAUUUGAAGGUAGAGGAAUUCCAUUAGGAACAAGUAAAAUACCCGUAAAAGAUAUUGACACUCAGCAGUAUAAUAAUUCUGUCAAUUGA